AUGUGGAUUUUUACCACCCUGUAUGAUGGGUACGCUGCCCCUCGAUCCACUGCAGCCCUGCAUGAUGGGUACGCUGCCCCUCGAUCCACUGCAGCCCUGCAUGAUGGGUACGCUGCCCCUCGAUCCACUGCAGCCCUGCAUGAUGGGUACGCUGCCCCUCGAUCCACUGCAGCCCUGCAUGAUGGGUACGCUGCCCCUCGAUCCACUGCAGCCCUGUAUGAUGGGUACGCUGCCCCUCGAUCCACUGCAGCCCUGCAUGAUGGGUACGCUGCCCCUCGAUCCACUGCAGCCCUGCAUGAUGGGUACGCUGCCCCUCGAUCCACUGCAGCCCUGCAUGAUGGGUACGCUGCCCCUCGAUCUACUGCAGCCCUGCAUGAUGGGUACGCUGCCCCUCGAUCCACUGCAGCCCUGCAUGAUGGGUACGCUGCCCCUCGAUCCACUUCGGCCCCUUGA